AUGAUCUUUUCCACCAUCCUUGAGGCCCUCAGUCAUCAUGCUACUCAGACUCCAGACAAGGUAGUCUUCACAUGGGUGAACAGCAAGUGUGUGGAACAAAACAAGAUGACGUUCAAACAACUGGUUGACCAAUCCAAUGCUGUUGCUGCUCAUCUUCUCAAAUUGGGAUGCCAAAAGGGAGAUCGAGUUAUGGUGGCCUAUCCUUUUGGUCUUGAGUUCUUGGCCGGCAUGUUUGGUGCCAUGAAGGUUGGAGUCAUCCCCUGUUCCAUCUAUCCACCCAAUCCCAAUCAACUCAAAACCGACAUACUCAAAUUCCGCAGAUUUGCUGAGGAUGCCGGAGCCAAGUAUGCCCUAAGCACCACCAUGUUUGCUACUACCAUGAAGGCAGCCAGUGUCCUGUACAAGACUGGAGUGACGUGGAUUGGGACUGACAAGUUGCAAAUCAAGAAGAGCAAUCCAAAGGAUCCAAGCACCUAUGAGACAUACAUGGGUGAACCAGAAGACAUCUGCUUCAUCCAGUACACAUCAGGCAGUACUGGUCGCCCCAAAGGAGUCAUGAUCAGCCACAGCAACCUAGUAGAAAAUGUUAUGGCAAUUGAUGCCAUGUCAGAUACAACUGCAAAUGCGGACACAACAGUAGGGGUCUUAUGGGUCCCACAAUACCAUGAUAUGGGGCUUGUGGCUGGUUUUAUGUCUUCACUGUUGGCUGGCACUUCCCUUGUCAUGGCAUCACCACUGGAUUUUGUUGCCAAUCCUCUACUAUGGAGUGAUAUGGUAGAGACUUACAAGGCAACUCUCACCUGUGCCCCAAACUUUGCAUAUGCAUUGCUCCUCAAGAGAAUGAAGCAAUCCAACAAGACAGCUGAUUGGAGUUGUGUGAGGCGAGCCAUGUUCGGUGGUGAACCUGCCCACAGUCAUGUUGUUGAAGCAGUGUCAAAGACCCUCUCCAUCAAGCCUGGGCAUAUUUACAAUGUCUAUGGCUUGGCUGAGUCUGUGGUGUUUCUUACAGGUGGACCAGCCCAUGCAGAUGCUGAGGGCCUCAUCAGCUGUGGAGAAGUAGAUUCCCCAACCCUCAAGCUUCGAAUCGUCCGGGAUGGAAUUGAGGCUUUGGAUGGACAAGUUGGCACUAUCUGGGCCCAGUCACCACGGGUGACAUCUGGGUAUUAUGGUCAGCCAAAAUUGACCACCUCUACUUUCGCAAAUGUCUUGCCAGGCUAUGAUGGGACGUGGCUUGAUACUGGUGACUUGGGCAAGAUUGUUGAUGGGCAGCUCAAUGUCACUGGAAGAGUCAAAGAUGUCAUCAUUAUCAAUGGGAAGAACUAUUACCCUACUGAUGUGGAGCUUUCUAUUGAUGAAACUUUUGGUCACAUCAUCCGACCAGGGCGUACCGCAGCUUUCCAGCAUGGUGAUGCAAGUGUGGGUAUCACCACCGAGGCUCGCAAGGGGUUUGAAAAGUCAGCUCAUGGCGAUUUGGCUGUCCAAAUUGCCAACCAUGUUGCACAAUUUCAUGGAUUGUCUGUUGUGGAAGUUGUGGUAUUAAAAUUGGGGGUAACGCCAAAGACUACCUCUGGCAAGUUGAAGAGAAGUGAGAUAAGACAAUUGACGUUGACUGCUACUUGGAAUAAAUCUUCUGUGCUCAUUGGACUCCAGCGACAUGACAACAUUCUCCCAAUGGAGAAGGACAAUCUCCCCAAGAAACCUUCAGUGCAACAGCAUUGCCUUGACUUGACAGAAAAAGCAGCUGCUUCAUCCCCUGGAAAUCUGAUUCCCAAGGAGUCAAGGGGGGCUGAUUUUUUCAAAGAUUUCAACAGCACACUCGCCUCUAUUUUAGGCCCUGACUUUGACACAUUCAAAACAUGGCAGGAAAAUGGACUCACAUCACUUAAGAGUGCUGAGCUGAGAAAUUUAGUGGAAGAGGAGUUUUGUACUUCGGUUCCCGCCAACUUUGAACAGUUGUACCCAACACCAGAGGCACUCCAAGACUUCUUGCAAGCAUCAGUAGGCAAGAACUUUCCCAAGAACGCUAUGGAAUAUCACCCUGAAAUAAUAUGGAAUCCUCCAAGAGCAACGUGUGGCAAAUUGCAACUUGGCAUCUUUCAGAGUCUCAGCGCACUCAUUAUUAUUCUUUUCCUCAUGAUUUCCGUUCUUCCUUCCUACUUUGCUAUCACCUGGGUUAUGUACCAGUGCAACUCAUUUCGAGAUGAAGAACCCCUUUGCUUGAUAUUUUGGAUGUCUAUGCCCCUAGUCUUUCCUCUGUUCAUCUUUUCCUUCUCCAUGCUCGUGAUUUUCUGCAAGUAUACGGUUAUUGGAAAAUACCGGAGGCAACAAUUUGAUCUUUUAACUUGGAACUACAUCCAAUGGUGGUUCAUGGACCGACUAAUCGAGGUUUGGGAGUCAAUUGCAGGACAAUUUGUUCUUGAGACCAAGUUCAUUUGGGUGUUCUACUGGCUCCUUGGAGCAGACCUGGCAUGGUCAGCCAAGAUUGAAGCCUACAUCCGUGAGUUUGACCUGGUAAAGGUGGGCAGCAAUGCCACAGUUGGGUUCCCCGUAAGGUGCAGGAAGUUUUCUCUCUCAACAGGAUCAAGCCCCAGGAUAACAUUUCACCCCAUCAUUAUUGGGAAAGACAGUCUGGUGUCUGGGAUGGUGAGUCUGGGUGCUGUCAUUGGUGAUGGUAGCAAGGUGGAGAAACUGUCUGUUGUGGAAGAAGGAGCUAUAGUUCCUGAUGGUGUGCUUGCAAAAGGAAACCCAGCAUGUCAUUGUGGAUCAUUUGAGCAUUCCAGAUCAGAGGUUUGGCAAGAAUCCUUUCUGGACAUUUUCAAGAUUCUGUGGAUGUUUUCAGAAGCCUAUCAUUUCUUCACACUGUCUUACGUGGUCCAUAUCACGCUAAUUCAAGUCAUGCCCAUGUGGCGCUAUGAGAUCAUCCUGCACUGGCUCCUUCUUUUUCUUGCCUCCUCCUUCCUUGCCCUCCUCACAAGCAUUCCACUCAAGUGGCUUUUGAUUGGUAAACGGGAUCCAUCCGAUGAAUACGAAUCAUCGCUCUAUCGCCGGGCAACUAAUUGGGCAUGCGACUUCCACUUUUCGAUUGCAGCUUGGCCUCUUACUCCUUUCUUUGGUCAGACAAGGCUCUGGCACAUCAUUCUGUUCCUCCAUGGCCUUGAUGUGGAUAUAGAAUCUUGCAUCAGCAACCCAUACCGAAUCUUCAUCCCAUCCAAGGUUGACUUUGUCAAGAUCCGGAAGUCUUUCAUUGCCACCAGCACUCUUGACCUCAGCAAUCAUGGGGAGUCCAAGAUUGAGAUCAUCAAGAGCAGCAUUGGCUACAAUGUCAAUGUUCAUGCAGGAGUUAAGAUCAUGCAAUCAGCAAUACCUCCAAGGUCCAAUGUUGCUGAUAGUAUCUACGAUUUCAACCACUCGUGCCAGGCCUGGAAGACUAGUUUGAUAAUGGACUUAUUCCUUCCUGAGGUAUUGCAACUGCUGGUAAAUGCAAUCCUUUUUGCUUCUCUCAUGCUUUCUUAUGAGCUUGGCCUUCUUGCUGUGAAGAGCGCAUCAGUUGGAACGACAUUGUGUGGUCUUGCUGCAGCCAUUGUUCUUCAACUGUUUCUUUGGUUGCUUUUAACCCGAGCUGUUGAAAAGAUUGCAUUGAGCUUACCAACACAUCCUCAACAAAGUUUCUUUGGUAUCUACAUCAACCAUGUUUGGCAGUUCCGAAAUGGAAACUGGUUGGAGAUGCUUCUACAUGGAACACCAAUGUUUGCAUACUAUGCUCGCAGAAUGGGCGCUGAAGUUGACGGUGACCUCUGGUACUAUGGAAAUUCUCUCUAUGAGUAUGCCAAGCUACACUUUCAUGGUUGUACGAUUGUGGAUGAUUCCCAUGUUAGUGGUCAUUACAUUGAUGGCAAUGGGAUAACGAUUGGUGACACUUCUGUAUCUGGUGUUGUCCAUCCGGGAUGUUAUGCAUCUGCUGGAUCUGUUGUGUCUGGGGAGAAUGGUCCAUGGAAGUUUUUUCUCAAAACAGAUACAAAGGAAGGGCAGGACCGAGCAGGAAUGACAGCUACUACAAGGAAGCAAUUCUGUGAUUCCAUAUGGGAAGAUGAGUCUGCUCGUUCAUCUGUAUAG